UAAUUCACUUAGUGACAUUGGUAAAGUUUAUGUUUUAAAGGAAUCUGAAGGAUUAGAAAUAUUUUUUGAACUUCUUCGUAAUAAUAGUUUUGAUAAAAAUGGCAAAAUCAGUAUAAUUCCAAUUUCACCAUUAAUAAAAGAACAAAAAUAA